AUGGAGUAUCAGUUGGAGAAUUUGGUGGAGUCGAUAAAGUCGAAGGUAAGGAAAUUGAAGAAAUCAAAAAAGCCAUAUAUCAAGAUGAAAAAAAGCUCCAGUGUCAAGGUUGAGAUCCGCAACAAGAAAGCUCAUAAGCUCGUCGAGAAAACUCUCCAAACAGCUAAUCAUCCUGGCAAGCAUAGCCUUUAAUUCACAAUUGUUAACAGACAGUUUCAUUUGUGUAAUGAAAUAGAGCCUAUUUUAACUGUUCUUCACUUGGUUUAGUAGUAUGUUACAUAACCCCUUACUUUUGUUCUUCAAAACAAUUGGGUUAAUUUGGACUUAAACAUAUACUAUAUGCUCUACAAAAUUGAAUUAGUCACGUACUGCCAUGGAUCAU